AUGCUCACAGCCAGCGCAUCGUCAUCAUCCUUACCUUUCAGAAUUUUGUAUAGGUACAUUUAUGUGCCGAAAUUCACAGACGUUCUUGAUCGAUUCCGUCCCAAGACUUACAAUUCCUCAAAAUUCUCGGUCCUUUGCUCUUUCAAAAAAAAAGCAGGUCUAAUACCACCAUUAGCUCACGUGCCACUUCAUCUUUCUUUAUCUAAGUUUUGCCUUGACUUGCCUGUGCAUUUUGUUACUGAUGGUGCGUCAAAAGCUAAAUGCUUACUUAAUGAAAUGUUUAAUAAGAAGGUUGAAAAGUCACUAAGACACAGGGAUGCUUUGCUACCUGGACAAAAGGAAACACUUGGACAGGACUGUACAUCGUGCACUGUGGAUGUUGCGAUCAAGUUAUUUGAAUAUCAAGAGUAUCCAGAGGAUUUGAUGGUAUCAUUUAAACAGGAGGCACGAGGCAUGAAUUGUCUUCAUCAUUGCAACCCACCGACUAUUCACCGUGAUUUGAAGUCUUCAAAUCUUCUUGUGGAUAAGAAUUGGACAUUUGUAGCAGAAGAAGAUGCAGAGCUAAACAGACAAUCAAAACCAGCUAUUAAUAAACACAGAAAGUUGCCACUUCUAACUAAAGUACUAUCUAAGAAACAACUUCAAUUAGAGUUUCUAGAUCAUGGAGUUCUAACUCUUUUGAAAAAUUGGCUUGAACCCCUUCCGGAUGGAAGCUUGCCCAAUAUAAACAUUUGUGCAGAAAUAUUGAAGAUCCUAACAGAGUUCCCAAUUGAUUUAGAUCAAUAUGAUAGAAGAGAGCAAUUAAAGAAAAGUGGGCUUGGAAAGGGUAUUAUGUUCUUGUCAAAAUUUGAUGAAGAGACCACAUCCAAUAGAAAGCUUGCUAAAGACUUGGUUGACAAAUGGUUUAUUUGGAUGCGGGAUGUACAUAAAGUUUCAAGUUUCUUGGGGCAUUCCCUGUUCUAUUGGAGAUGGGUGUACUUUCUGUUUGCAGCUUGGAGAGCAUGUCCUCUCUUGACAUGGUAA